GACGGCUAUCUCGUAUUUGACGACACGGGCAUCACGGAGUGCAACGAUGCCGCCAUCCACUGCCUGCGCUGUAGCGACAAGAGCGAGCUCAUCGGGCGGCAUCCCGCGUACUUUUCCCCCGAGCGCCAGCCGGACGGGCAGCGGUCGGACGAGAAGGCGGUUGAGAUGGUGGCCCGGGCGACUGAGACGGGCAUGCACAAGUUUGAGUGGAUGCACAUGCGCAAGGACGGGUCGCUCUUCCCCGUGGAGGUCACUCUCUCCUUCCUGCAGCUCGAGCACAACCGCCCCAUGCACAUGGUCGUCUGGCACGACUUAUCAGAGAUCAAGCGCCAGGCACGGGAGCUGCAGGCAGCGAAAGAGGCGGCGGAGCGGGCGAAUCAGGCCAAGAGCCAGUUUCUGGCGAAUAUGAGCCACGAGAUCCGCACGCCCAUGAAUGGUGUAAUUGGCGUGGCAGAGCUUCUCCUGGGAACGGAUUUGACCGCAGAGCAGCGCUCCUACCUCGAGAUCAUCCGAUCAUCAGGCGACAAUCUCCUGCGAAUCAUAUCCGACGUGCUGGACCUCUCCAAGAUCGAGAGCAAGAACCUGGCGCUGGAGAGCAUCGAGUUCAACAUGCACCAGCAGGUGACGGAGGCUCUGGCACUGCUGGAAGUGGUGGCCAAGGACAAGGGGCUGUUCCUGGAGCUGGAUAUCCAUGAGGAGGUGCCAGCGGUGGUGAUGGGCGACCCUGUGAGGCUGCGGCAAGUCCUGCUGAACCUGAUCUCCAAUUCCAUCAAGUUUACCGAAAUUGGCGGCAUCACAGUGAUUCUGCGCCUGGCCACGCAGGUAGAGCUGGGGGAGGUGGAGGAGGCGAGGAGGGAGAGCAGCAAGUGCAUGAGUGUGCAACGGGGGGAAGGCAAGGAGAAGGGGGAGAUCAGUGCUGCUGGCAACUUGUUGACCUCUGCUGAGGAAGGAGCAGGAGCAGGAGGAGGUGAGGGAGGGGGAGGAGGAGGAAAGACCGGAAGCGGCGGCAGUGGUGGUUCAGGAGGAAAGGGAGGGAAGGGUGAGAAGGGAGUGGUGAGAAGAAAAGGAGAAGCAGGAGAGUCAGAGGCAGCAGGGAAGCCAGAGGAGACGGUGGUGGUGCGGUUUGAGGUGCGGGACACGGGAGUGGGCAUGGACGAAGCAGCAAAAGGGAGGCUGUUCAAGGCGUUCUCCCAGGCUGAUAACUCCACGAGCCGCCGCUACGGUGGCACCGGGCUGGGGCUGGCGAUUUGCAAGAGCCUGUGCUUCCUCAUGGGGGGGGAUAUCGGCAUGCACAGCCAGGUGGGAGAGGGGUCGACCUUUUUCUUCUACGUGAGAAUGCAGCGAGUGAACCCCAAGGAGAACCCCAAGCCGGCAGGGGAGAGCGCCACGAGCAGCGACGCGGAGCCGCUGUGGGUGCAGCUGCAGCACAUGCGCGUGCUGGUGGCCGAGGACAACAAAGUGAACCAGAUGGUGGCGACGCGCAUGCUGCACAACCUGGGGCUCAAAUACGACGUGGUGGAGAAUGGGAGACUUGCAGUGCAGGCAUGUGCGGACAGACACUACGACGUGGUGCUCAUGGACUGCCACAUGCCUGAGAUGGCCGGUUAUGAAGCCACCCGCAACAUACGAGCUAUGGAAGAGGAGAGACUUGCUGCCCUUGCUGCUGCUGCUUCUGCUGCUGGUGCUGGUGCUGCUGCCAUUGCUGCUGCUGCGGCUAAUUCCUUUCUAUCAAUGCCCCUCUCCCCCCUCUCCCAGGACUGCCACAUGCCUGAGAUGGACGGGUAUGAAGCCACCCGCAACAUACGAGCUAUGGAAGAGGAGAGACUCGCUGCCUAUGCUGCUGCCGGUGGUGGCAGGGGCAGCAGCGGUGGUGGUGGGUAUGGGAGGAGUGGCAGCAGGGGGGGUUACGGUAGCAGCACAGACGGUGAUAUGAGCGAAGCAAGUUCUCCCAGUCAUCCCCACAGCAGCAGCAGCUCUCGCACCCGCCGCUCCCACCGGCCGCGCCGGACGUUCAUUGUGGCGCUUACCGCAUCGGCUCUUAGCGAGGAUAAAGACUCGUGCAUGGCUGCUGGGAUGGACCAUUACUUAGCUAAGCCCAUCCGGCCGCGGGACCUAGAGAGAGUGAUAAGAGAGGGGAUGGUGAAGAGGAGGAGAGAGUCGAUUAGUGAGGAGGUGGGGGCAGCUUUUUCUGAGAAGGGGUGUGAGGGGAGUGAGGGGUCUUUGUCCCCUCAGAUGGCUUAUAAAGGGGAUGAGGGCCCGGUGUCUCCUCUUUAUAAGGGUUCUGAGAGGGGUGGAAGGGCGGUAUCCCCUUAUAGGGGUCCGUCCUUUGGUGCUUGGGGCGGGCGAGACAUGCGAGAGUGGGAAGAGGGGCAAGGCGGCCAAGGAUCUGUACUUGAUGCAUUCAGAGGAGGAAACGAGGAGGAGGAAGAGGAGGAGGAGGAGGAAGAGGAAGAGGAAGAGGAGGAGGAGGAGGAGGAGGAGGAGGAGGAGGAGGAGGAGGAGGAGGAGGAGGAGGAGGAGGAGGAGGAGGAGGAGGAGGAGGAGGAGGAGGAGGAGGAGGAGGAGGAAGAGGAGGAGGAGGAGGGAGCAAUGCAGGCUUCCCCGUUCCCCUCUUCCAAACCGGCUGGAGGGCAAACCUCUCGGCCAGGUUUGGAAAGAAGAGGUCCGGGAACAGCGGAGCCGCUGCGGUCUCCCAGGCCCGGCCGGUCCACACCUGAAGGACAGGUUUGGGGAAGGCCGAGCCCACGGGGUGGGUAUGGCGGGGUGCAGAGCGGUGACGAUGGGUCGAGUGUGGGGUCACCUUCUAGUGUUCGGUCGUGGGGGAGGGGUGGAGGAGAAGGAGGGUGGGGGGAGGGGGGCGGUAUUGGUGAGAGAGGGAGGGAGAAUGGUAGGGAAGGGGGAAGGGAGAGGGAGAGAGUGAGGGAGAGAGAUAUAGAAAGGGAGAGGGUGAGAGAUAGGGAAAAGGAACUGGAGCGGGAGCAUGAGAGAGAGUUGGGAGAAGAGUCUGAUACAGGGAGUGUGGUGGUGAAGGGGGAUGGGUGGAGUGCUGCGGAGAGACUGAGUGAUGUUGAGGAGAGGUAUGGAGAGUGGGAUGAGGGAAGGGAGUGGGGGAGGCGGAAUGAAGGCAAGCGAGGGGAUGAAAGAGAGAGGGGGCGAGAGAGGGAGGAAGAGGAGGAGGAGGAGGAAGAGGAGGAGAUGGUAGGUGCUCCUGAACCAAGGCGGAGCAGAACAGCAGGGGCGAGUGAGAAUAGGCAAGUGGGAGAAGAGAGAGAUGCAUGGAGGGAGCGUGAAACAGGGGGAGUGGGAGAAAGGGGAUGGGAUGGUGGUGGGAGGCACGGGAGGAGAGGGAGCGGUGGAGAGGGUUACGGGGAGGUGGGGUGCGGUGAGGUGGAGGAGACGAGAAGAAGCAGCACGAUGGGUCGAGUAGAUGCGAUGAGAAUGAGAGGCGAGAACGGGAAGGGCAGGGUGGGGAAAAGUGUGUGGGAGGGGAAGGAAGGGUGGGAGGAGGAGAGGGAGGAGAUGGAUGGGAGGAGGGGUAGACGGAGCAGUUUGGAUGGAGGGGAGGGUGGCAGGAUGAAUAAUAGCAAGAUGGAGAAACAAGGGGACAAAGGGCAAGGGGUAGGCCGAGGUACAGAGAGUGAGCUCUUGGGUUAUGGGGAGGGCAGGGACAAUAGAGAGGGCAGGGACGGUAGAGAGGGUAGAGAGGGAAUGGCGAGAGGUGGUGAGGGGAGCGAGAGGAGCAACAGAGGUGGAAGUGGAGGAGGAAGCCGGGUAGCUGAGGGGAGGAGGCAAUUAGAGAGUGGUGCAGAGCGGUGGAAAGGGGAGAAGGGAGGGCGGGGCGAGGAGGGAAGAGAGGGGAGGGAGGGGCAAGAUGGAAGAGAGAGGAGAGGAGGGGAGGGAUCUCGAGCAGGAGGGGAGGGCUCUCGGCCGUUAGUGCCUGGUGCAGGAGAGGAGGGAAGAGAGGGAAGAGGAGGAGGGGAGAUACCUCUGGGUGGGGGGGGGGGAUCUCGGCCGUUAGUGCGCAGUACGAGCAUGGAGCCUCCGUUGCUGCAGCAGCAGCAGAGGCGCACGGGGUCAGAGCAGAGAGCGGCACAGGACCUGAGGAUGUGGAUUGAGCGCGCACACAACCCGCAAGUGGAUAAGUGGAUCUCCCAGGUCGAGGCAAACAGCACGCCGCCCAGACAUGCAGCGCACAAGAAGACAAGGAGCGAGGUGCCGGCGUUUCUGCCGCCCCUCUCCUCCAGCCCGGGCGGCGCGGGUUCUCUGCGCCGCUUGCAGAGCUCUCCCCCCAUAUCCCCAGGCGAUGAUGAGGAGGAUUACCGGUAUGUGGGUCAGCAGAGGAGCAAGUCUGAUGGAAAUUCGUCCAUGAAAGCAGCACGUGAAGCAGAGCGGAUGCGAGAGGCUGAUAGCACCAAGCUCGCGUGCCCUUCUUUUGAGGGUCUGUCCAGCCGUAGCCUGCCUUCCAGCCGGGUGAACGCUGACUCCAAUGUGGAGCUUAAGACUAAGGGCGCGGAGGGUGCUCCCCGCACCACCUGCUCGCUGAAGGCGAUGCGCGACCGUAUCGAGUCGGUUAAGAACACCCAGAAGAUUACCGAUGCGAUGAAGCUUGUCGCUGCCGCGAAGGUGCGCAGGGCUCAGGAGGCCGUCGUCAACGGCCGUCCCUUCUCGGAAAACCUCGUUAAGGUGCUUUACAACGUUAACGAGCAGCUCCAGAACGAGGACGUUGACAUUCCCCUGACCGAGGUCCGUCCCGUGAAGAAGGUCGCCAUCGUCGUUAACACCGGCGACCGCGGUCUCUGCGGUGGCUUCAACAACUACGUCCUCAAGAAGGCCGAGGCUCGCGUGGCUGAGCUGACGAAGCUGGGUGUGGCUUACACCAUCGUGUCCAUCGGCAAGAAGGGUAACGCCUUCUUUAAGAGGCGUCCCCAGUAUGCCGUUGACAGGUACCUCGAGGUCGGCGCUGCUCCCACCACCAAGGAGGCCCAGGCCAUCGCCGACGAGAUCUUCUCCCUGUUCGUGUCGGAGGAGGUGGACAAGGUCGAGCUGAUCUACACCAAGUUCGUGUCCCUGAUCAAGUCCGACCCCGUGGUUCACACUCUCCUGCCUCUCUCCCCCGCCGGCGAGGUCUGCGACAUCAACGGCAUCUGCGUCGACGCGGCUGAGGACGAGCUGUUCAGGCUGACGACCAAGGAGGGCAAGUUCGCCGUCGAGCGCGAGACUAUCAGGACCGAGACUCCCGAGUUCACCGGCGUGCUAGGGUUUGAGCAGGAGCCUGUGCAGAUCCUCGACGCUCUGCUCCCGCUCUACCUGAACAGCCAGAUCCUCCGUGCUCUGCAAGAGUCGCUUGCCAGCGAGCUCGCUGCUCGUAUGAAUGCCAUGGGUAACGCCAGCGAUAACGCUAAGGAGCUGAAGAGGAGCCUGAACCUGACCUACAACAGGCGGAGGCAAGCCAAGAUUACUGGCGAGCUGAUUGAGAUUGUUUCUGGUGCCAUCGCUUCCCUCUCCACUCCCCCAAUCUCCGCGUUCCAUGCGCCCGCGCGCCUAUCGAAUCCCGCCUUUUCACUUCUGCGCAUGACCCCAGCGCAAGCCUUGCCCUCAGGCUCCCCACAGAAGCUCGUUUUCCGCCAAACCCGCGCCUUACCGCGCGUAAGCGCAAGCGUGGUGCCGCCAAAAUCGCCAGCAGGGGGGUCUGCGCAAGGAUCGGGCACAGGCGCAGGCGCAAGCGCGGGAGCAAAUAAGCAGGCGGAGACUCCGCAGCCGCCCGUGGGGGAAACGGCAGGGGGGGGAGCGGUAGCGGCGGAAGGGGAUGAGGGGAAGCUUCUGGGGCAGGCGACGACUGCGGGAAUUUUCCUCCUGUGGGCUGGACUGAUCGCGUAUGCCGCGUUUCUUGCACCCCAUCAGACGCCAUACCGCGAUCAGUACUUUCUAGAGAAGCUGCUCAACCUGAGGGGAGACGAUGGGUUCGUGAUGAACCAGGUGCUCGUGGCGCUGUGGAACCUCAUGGGCGUCAUGCCGGGCAUAUACGCUGCUACGCUCGUGCCCGCUUCUCGCACCAAUCGCACCACCAUCCCCGCGUGGCCCUUCCUCAUUGCCUCAUUCUUCGCAGGGGCAUUCGCCCUGCUGCCCUUCUUUGCCCUCUGGACACCCGGAAAGGCAGCAGUACCCACGGAGGAGGAGAGGGGGAAAGUGGGGCUGAAAGUGCUCGAGUCCAAAAUCACCAGCGCGCUACUGCUGCUGGCAGCAUCAGGGUUGGUCAUCAGUGCAGCAACGGCACCGUCCACUGACCGGCUUGAGUUCUUACAGUAUUUUCAGGAGAGCCUCUUGAUCCAUGUCACCUCGAUUGAUUUCGUUCUCCUCAACAUGUUCCCCCUGUUUAACGUCAUCCACACCCCUCUAUCCCUGCCCACCCCACUGCACCGGCGCCUAGAGACUCAUGGGGUGUUGCUCUCCCCUUCCUCCCCGUUAUAG